AGAGAGAGAGAGAGGCGUUUGCAGAAAGGGGAGGGGGGGAGGAACAAAGGAGCAGUGAACUGGGGGGUGUAGUGUAGCCGUGUAGGGUGCUUUACGUUACUGGGUUUGGGAGUGGUUGAAAAACAGGGACGUGGGGAAAAGCCUGAAGGAGAAUCUGAGGCCCAAACAUAGCAAAACAGAGGAGAACCCGAUCUGCUUUAGAUUCGACACUUUAACUCCUCCCUCUCUCUCUCUCUCUCUCUCUCCCUCUCUCUCUACUAUACACCCAUCAGAUUACACCAGCAAAUAUCUUCUACCCACUACUUCCUCCCCUCCAUCCCAACCACUCCCCCUGCAAAAGUUAGACUUUGAGAGAAAAACUUUUGGAGAGAGAGAGAGAGAGAAGCAAGUUGUUUUCGCGUCGAAGUUAACUGCUUCAUGGGAUGUUGGAAAACAGAGUCCAAGUGGGAAUAAGUUCAAAAACGUGAGAAUUUCUAGUAUUCAAAGGGGGUGGAGUCAAAUAAGCAGAAGAGAAAUUAAGCAAAUCAUUUCCUUGAUUCAACAGGUUUAAUCAAUUUUGAUUUUUACUGCGUUCAUGGAGUCGAAGAACGGUAGAUUAAGCUGGUUUGUAAACAGGACUCCUCUGUUUUACUGCACUAUCUCCAUCGUCGUCCUCCUCUUGUUCUUCUCUGCUUCCGUGAUUCUCAGCACCACCACCGAAACUACUCCUCGUCACGGUGAGCAUAGAAUCCGGUGCCAAAUGAUCACUAGUGCUAAAGCGGAUACUUACAUGAAGCAGGAAUCCAAGAAUGUCUUUCAGAAAAUCCUCGGCAACAAUGAGAUGAUAAUGUCAAAAUCAUCACCCGAGAGUGAGGUCUCAAGAACGAGCACGGUGGAUAAGAGGACGAGGAGGAGGCUUCUGGGCGGGCCCGGAUCAUGGCCCCCGCGGUGCAUGUCGAAGUGCGGCAGGUGCUCCCCGUGCAAGCCGGUUCACGUGCCGGUUCCGCCGGGGACUCCGGUGACCACCGAGUACUACCCGGAGGCGUGGAGGUGCAAAUGUGGCAACAGGUUGUUCAUGCCGUAGCUACUAUUACUACAUGUACUGCUUUACCUAAAAGUACUUCUACCAGUUGAUGACAAUGUCACUUCGGACAGAGUUGUGAUCAAUUCCUAUUGAGAGAUGAAUUCCUUAGUAUAUACUUAGCUUGGUUUAUAAAUGUACAAAGAUUAUGGUAAUUCGCACAUUAAUUAACUAGAUGAUGAUUACUAAUUGGGAAUUAAGCUUGUGCUUAUAUUACUGUAUUUACAAGCUGCGACUAUUGGUAUGUACGGUGCUAUGAACAAAGACUCCUAUCAUUGUGUGAAUGAAGACUUCUAUCGUUGGCCACAA